GUUUAAAGACGACGAGCGAAAGACGAUAGCUCAGACAACCAGGUGAGGGAUUCAGGUCCCUGUAAAUGAGAGGAGAAAAAAUCUAGCACCAGAGCAGGUGGCUCUUUAGUCUUGUGGACACUCAUCAUGUGGAUAAUCCUUUUUAUUCUAGCUUCAUCAGACCUCUUGGCUGCACAGAAUACCUGCUCAGAUGGGGCUUGUUACCCACCUGUGGGAGAUCUUCUCCUAGGCAGAAUCCAUCAUUUGAAAGCCUCCUCCACUUGUGGACUUGUCCAACCUGAAACUUACUGCACUCCAUAUGGUGAAUGGCAAAUGAAAUGUUGCAGAUGUGAUUCCAGAGUACCUCAUGCAUUUAACAGUCACAGGGUGGACAAUGUCCUCUCUUCCAAAGGACACAUGCGGUGGUGGCAGUCCCAGAAUGAUGUGAAUCCUGUCUCUCUUCAACUAGAUCUGGAUAGAAAGUUUCAGCUGAGUAGCAUUCUGCUGGACUUUACGAGUCCUCUGCCAGUUGGCAUGGUGAUUGAAAGAUCUACUGACUUCGGCAGGACCUGGAGAAUUUAUCAGUACUUGUCCACAGAUUGUGCCACCUCAUUUCCAAGGAUCUCCAGAGGCCUUCCUCAGAGCUGGCAGGAUGUCCGGUGUCAGGAUAUACAGACUCAUCAUAGACCACCUCAGGGUGGGGGGAAGAUUGAGUUCAACCUCAUUGACCUUGCAUUUGGGAUGAGGACAUCUCGAAGCCAAAGUAUCAACAAUCUGGCCGAAUUCACGAACUUGAGGAUCAACUUCACCCACCUGUCCCGCCCCCCACACCAGGGCUACCGCGUACCCAGUGCUUUCUAUGCCUUGACAGAGAUGCAAGUGCAAGGGAGCUGCUUCUGUAAUGGACAUGCUGACCACUGUGUUGCCCUGGAUGCCUCUUCCAGAGAACCUAGUGCUGUGGUUCAUGGACACUGUGUGUGCCAACACAACACAGCUGGUCCCAACUGUGAACAUUGUGCUGCUUUCUUCAAUGACCAGCCAUGGCGACCAGCUGAAGACAGCAACCCCAAUGAAUGCCUCAGGUGUAACUGUAAUGGUCAUUCCAACAAGUGUUAUUUUGACCCAGCCGUCUUCCAAGCCAGCGGGGGAGUGAGUGGGGGCGUGUGUGAAGACUGCCAGCACAAUACAGCAGGGAGGAACUGUGAGCACUGCAAGACCUAUUUUUUCCGUAACCGGAGGUAUGACCUCAGCCACCCUGAAGCCUGUCUCCCUUGUGAAUGUGAUCCAGAUGGCACUGUUCCUGGCUCCAGUUGUGAUCCUGUGAAUGGCCGCUGUGUCUGCAAGGACAAUGUGCAAGGGGACCGUUGCCAUCUUUGCAAACCUGGAUUCACCCAGCUCGUCAAUUCUAACCCCAAAGGUUGCAGAGAUUGUGCCUGCAACAUCUUAGGCAGCCACAAGGUACCCUGUGAUGAUGAGACGGGACGCUGCUUCUGCCUCCCCAACGUGGUGGGGGACAAGUGUGAUAAAUGUGCUGCGAAUCACUGGAAAAUUGCUAGUGGUGAUGGCUGCCAGCCUUGCAACUGUGACCCUCGGAAUUCCCUCAGUCCUCAAUGUAAUGAGUUCACAGGGCAGUGCCCAUGCAGAGAAGGCUACGGGGGUCUGACAUGUUCUGCUUCUGAAAUACGGUUUUGCCCAGAACAGACUUAUGGAGAUGUCAGGACAGGAUGCAGAGCAUGUGACUGUAAUUUCCGGGGCACAGAGGAGGUGGGCUGUGACAAGCUGACAGGCAGCUGCCUAUGCCACCCUGGCUUUACUGGAGCCCGCUGUGACCAGUGUCAGCGAGGUUACUGUGGCAAUUAUGACAGCUGUGAGGCAUGCCACCCCUGCUUCCAGGCUUAUGAUGAGGACAUCGAUAGGUUUGGUUUGCGCCAGGCCACCUUGAAAAACUCCACACAGCGGCUACAACUGGGAACGCUAAGCUCUGGCUUCAGUACCCGCCUCUUGGAAGCAGAAAGUGAAGUUCAGCACAUCCAAGGGAUCCUGGGAAAUCCUCUUAUAACAAAGCAGGGACUGGAUCAGGUGGCCAGUACAAUUGCUACACUCCGGCAGACCCUUGCGGGUUUAAGAUAUGAGAUACCUCUUAUGGAUGAAAUCUCCUCCUUAACCACAGACAUGGAUGCUCUUGCUAGAAGCCUGCUUCUGAUUACCACAGAAUACCAAAAUAAGAAAGCCCAGUUUGAAACUAGUCGCAGUACAGAUUUGUCAGGGUCAUUCAAGACUGUCAGCUCAUCGCACCAGACGUCUUCCAACGCCAGCAUGCGCAUAGCUGGAUCUUCUAGGCUGCUGGCUCAAUCCAUGCAAAACAGGGAAAAAACCGAGGAGCUAGAAAGCGGUCUUACAGACCAUGGCUCAGGAUUGGAGGCUCUGCAGGGAGAAUUGGCCUUCUCUCCAAACUUGACUCCAGUUAUUAAUAAGAUGUGCAACAGCAUCAGAUCAGAGACUUGCAGUCCUGGAGAAUGUCUUGGAGAAUUGUGUCCUCAGCAAAAUGCUACAGAAUGUGGCCCAGGUUUUGAUUGUAGAGGGAUCUUCUUGCGUGCUGGCAGCUCCAUCCAAACUGCCAGGAAAACUGCCCAAGAGAUCCAUAAGUUAAGCAUUCGACUACAGGAGGCCACACAGAUGAUAAGAUCUGCUGAAGUAGCUGCCAACCAGAUCCAAACAAGUGCCCGAAGUCUGGGUGACAAAAUGAGCACAACCAGGACACAGAUAGAUGGAGACAUCCGACGUGCUCAGCAGUUUAUCCGCCAAGUUCGCAACUUUCUCUCUGAUCCAGACACCGAUGCAGCUGCUAUCCAGCAGGUCAGCGAUUAUGUCCUUUCCCUUCACCUUCCUGAGGCAGAAGAAGCCAGGAAUAGAGCAAAUGCUAUUGAAGGCAAUGUGGAGGAUGUGGCAGAAAAUCUGAGACAAGCUAACGUAGCACUUCAGGAGGCUGAAGACACUAUUCAUGGGUCUGGUUAUUCCCUUCAGCUCAUCCAGGACCGCCUUGAUGAGAUCCAGAUGGUCCUUAGUCCAGCUGAGAAGAGCGUUCAGGACAUCACUGAUCAACUAGACAACUUCACGAAAAGACUCAGCCAGUUACGGUACAAGGCAGACCAGAACCAGGUAUCAGCUUUGGAUGCCCAGCAGAAAGCAGGGGAAGCUGGUGAGCAAGCAAGGACCACUCAACAGGAAUUUGAACAGGUAAAACAAAAAUAUGCAGAGCUGAAAAGACGGUCGGGGCAGGGUUCAAAUUUGGGAGCACAAGGGACCCGGAUCCAGAGUGUUCAGAUGGAAGCCAACACAUUGCUUAAAGAAACCUUGGCUAUGGUGGCCAAGAUGAGAGCUUUAGAAACAGAGCUCCAAGACAGCAACAAUGCAAUUAUCCUUGAAUCAGUCAAGCUGGCAGGCUUGGAAAAGCAAGUGGAAACAAUUCGAGAUCAUAUCAGCCACAGAGCAGCAUACUUUGCCACCUGUACUGACUAGCAUGGCUUAUUCUCAUUUCCUGGCUGGUGCCUUUUGCAAAUCAGACAACUUCACCUUUUAUUAAACAAAAAAACUCACCUUUUUGAACAAAAAAGAGCUCU